UUGAAAUAUCUGAGUGGAAAUAAGAGGAUAAGAAGAUCCUAACUCCGAAGGCCGCAUGAGCAGCUCCAUUUGGACUUAGAAGUCAGAACGCCAUGCCAAUGAACUCCACCAUCAAACCCACUUUCCUUCCCUGUCCAAACCCCACCAACAACAGCACUUUCUCCCAAAACAACCUCUUCGACUUCAACAUCAUACCAAAAUGCCACCGCGCCAAAUUCUUCCGCAGAGCUUCUUCCCUGGCAGUGAAGUGCAGCAACAAUGGCGGCCUCCGAGAGCAAAGCUUUAAUCUCAAGGACUCCCUAAACGACGUCGUGGGAGAGCAGGUUCAGGAGCUGCUGAACAGAGAAGAGAACAAGGCUUUGCUUGAUGGGUUGGAGAGGGCUUCGCUGAGGGUUGAGAAGGCCAAGAGAGAGCUCGCCGAGAUUGAAAGACAGGAACUUGAGGCUAAUCAAAUGAGGGAAUAUGUUGACCAGCUUGAGAGAAGAGCUUCCGAGAUUGCAGAAUGUCAGAAGGAGAUAUCAGAGGCAAGAGCAAUGGUUGAAGAAGCCGAACGCUCACUCUCUCAAAGUGAAGAAGGUUCUUAUGCAGGAAAAGGAAAUGAAGAAAUUGACAAGGAUGAAGAGAGAUUGGAGUCUAUAAAAGCAGCUUCUAUCUCUGCUUUUGUUGGCACUAUUGCAGGAUUGCCAAUCUCCCUUACUCAGGUGUCCACCACUUCACAGCUGAUACUCCCUCUAGCAAUCACCUUUGCUAGCUGUGCAUUAUUCGGGGUUACCUUUAGGUACACCAUAAGAAGAGACUUGGAUGAUGUCCAUCUUAAGACAGGGGCAUGUGCGGCUUUCGGAGUUGUCAAAGGUCUUGCUACACUGAGUGGUGGACAACCUUUGGAAUUAAAUACAGAAAGCAUCUCGUCUCAUGCUUUUGAUGGUGCAAUUCAUGUGUCCCAGGAUCUUUUUCUUUUUGUUUCUGCUGCUGUUGGUCUGGACUAUUGUUUUAAGAUGGGGCUUUUGAGUCCUUUCCCUAUCAAAACAUCAAUUGCGAGAACCAAAGAUAGUUGAUGUGCUAAUGUUGAAAAGAUCAUACAAUUCCUAAUUGUAGAUUAUUUGCUAACCAAUUUGGUGGUAUACAUUUAUUAUUCAAUUAUUAUCUUCUAA